AGCGGGGUAACUCCAAAAUGGCAACCCCCUAUGUGACGGAUGAAUCGGGCAAAUACAUUGCUGCCACUCAGCGUCCUGAUGGGAGCUGGAGGAAGCCAAGGCGGGUGAAGGAUGGAUACGUCCCUCAGGAAGAAGUCCCAGUAUACGAAAAUAAAUAUGUGAAGUUCUUCAAGGGAAAACCAGACCUGCCUCCUGGUUUAAACCCAGAUGACGUUGCUCAGCCGAAAACUCAACAACAAAAAUCUGAGAGCGAUGCAUCCGGCCUUUCCAAAUCUGCAAAACGAAACAUGAAACGCAAAGAGAAAAGGAAGCAGCAGCAGCAGACAGGAGCCGAGGAGGAGGAGGUGGAUUUGGUUAGUCACGCCAUGGACAACGUGAAUCUCAAUGAAAAAGCAGUCGCUAUUCCUGACGAUUCUUCGGCCACUUCGGAAAAGGCCAAAAAAAUAAAAAAUCUGAAAAAGAAAUUGCGACAAGUUGAGGAUCUGCAGCUCAAAGUGGACUCUGGUGAAAUCAAACAGCCCUCAAAAGAACAACUGGAUAAGCUAGCCCGGGCACAGGCUUUGAGAGAGGAAAUAGAGCAGUUAGAGAAGGAUUUAUAAAGCACUAAGACAGUGUCAAAUUUCUGGUAACUUGCCUCCUUGAGUCCUUGUAGAAAUAAUUCAAGUAGUUCUAUUGUGAAGUAGGGCUGCAACAAUUAAUCAGAAUAAUUUUGAUUUAUUGACUAAAAAUAACAGUAUUGUAUAAUAGUUUCUAUAAAAAUAGCUGGUUUAGAUUAAGACCAUCCUUAAAAAAAAAAAAAAAAAAAGGAAAUGCCAACUUUGCUCUAAUAAUAAUAAUCUCAUUUUGUCAGUAUCAAUACAUCCUCAAAUCACUAUCUAGUUUUGAUACCAGAUUUAGUUCCAGUUAAUGUGUAUCACCCUUUGACAGCCCUAUUCCACAUUGAAAGGGAUAAGUAUUCUGCAUCAUAUUGAUAGAAAAGGACAUAGUCAGAAGAUAAGGCAUUCAGCUUGACUAUACAGUGUGAUGUCAUAAAUAUUUGUGAAGGGCAAAUUAAUGAAGCACUCACUUAUUAUGGAGAUGGGAACAUGGAGGUUUUUAUCAAUUGACUCUCAUUUAUCAGUAAGCACAAUCGACAACUCUGGACUCAAGGGAUUAAGGACUGAAACAGGCAAGUGAUGAGAAAUGGGACACUGUCCAAGUCAGCGGCCAACAGGGAGAAACUGCACUCCAGCUCCUUGUACCUUAGCAGUACAUUAUUUGUUGCCAUACAUUCUACCAACCUGUGUGUUACCCCCAAACCUCCCAAAUUAUGCUGAAAAGUUGUUGUUUUUACCACUACAAACGUUUCAGCUUUUUUGUUUCAUACACAUUGAAAAACUGAAAAAGAAGAGAUUGCUUCUACUCAUUUCAGCAGCACUUAAAUUGUCUGUAAAGCAUCUACUGUCAUUUUUAAUAGCUAUGCUGCUAGUAAGCCAUUUCAACAUGCCUCUCUAUCUACCCACUGUGGCCAGUAGAGGGCGACAAAUGGCAAAGCAAGUAUUAAACAUUUAAUGAUACCAAUGUUAAGGUGUCAACGUGUAUAAAAACUGGUCAAAUAAAAAUAUGAGAGAUGAGACUUUUUAAGAACUUAUAAAAGGAGGACAUCUACAGCGUGGGCAGCACACUUUUCUAUGGACAACUUUAGACAUGUAUUUUAAAAAGAUUGUCGUUUGUUUGUUUUUUUACAUCAUGAACAUUCUAUUAAAUCACUCACCACUAAUACCGUAGCAAAAUAUCGUCUUAGUUG